AUGGUUUGGGGCUUCGAAGUGGGCCUGCGGGUCAACCCUGACCCCCAUUUCAACCAUCGUCUCCACGUUCCGACAUCAGCUCUAUUCAUAGGCUCUAGUCACUUUGUCCUUGCGUCCGGUUCCUUCUACUCUGCUCAAUCCAUCGUGUGUCUGGUGGUGAGGCUACGAUUGAAGGGCAUCACCCUAUACCUAAAAUGUGUUGAUGCAGUCUCAACGUGCCUGAUCAUGCAAAAAGCGAAGAAAAUCGGCCAACCCACCAGGCUGCCGAAAGCGAGUGCUAAACGGAAUCGGGAGAGAAACCAGUCUGAAGGUUCCGCUGCUCUUGAGGACAAGAUGACUCUUGCAGGCAGGAACACCUCCGUCCGUGAGGGCGCUGGUGGAAACCGAUUUUAA